UUCCUGUAUGUGGAGCUUCGCGGGAAUUCUAGUUGACGCAUGCUCACUGACUUGAAUUGCGCGCGAGAGAAGCUGUCCAGACAUGCUCGUAUGUCCUGCUCAUUAUUAACUUUUGAAGCUCAACUAUUACUACCGACUCUGUUCGAAUAAAAUGUGGAACCAGGGUGGAUACAGUGACUCCAGUAUGGGUGGGGGCUACACUCAGUCGCCUGGGGGCUUUGCAUCACCUGCUUUGUCCCAGGGAGGAGAGAAGAAAGGGAGAACCAGAACCACACAGAUCAUCCCCUGCACUGUGUCCCAGCUGAUGAGCGCUUCCCAGUCGGAUGAGGCCUUCAGAGUCGGGGAUGUGGAAGUGGCUCAAGUCACCAUUGUGGGAAUCAUCAGGAGUACAGACAAGUCCAUGACCAACAUCCAGUACAAGGUGGACGACAUGACGUCAGCCCCAAUGGAUGUGAAACAGUGGGUGGACACAGAGGACCCCAGUGUGGACGGAAAUGUGUUGCCUCCAGGCACGUAUGUCAAAAUUUCUGGCAACCUGCGUUCCUUUCAGAAUAACCGGUCUGUGGUGGCGUUCAGUGUCAGGCCCCUGGAGGACAUGAAUGAAAUCACGUCGCACAUGCUGGAGGUGGUCCAGGCGCACAUGGUGCUCGGCAAGCCUCGGUCUUCGGAUCAGCCGGGACAGAGCGCCUCGGUCUUGAUGCAGCCUGCAGGAAGCAUGGCCGGCAUCGUCGGCGGGGGCUACGCGGGCGCAUGUGACAUGGUUAACAACGGGCUGAGUGCAAACCAGAACCAGGUGCUUAGUUUGAUACGAGGAUGUCCAGAUCCACGAGGCAUCAGCAUUCAUGACCUAAAGAUGAGACUGGGCAACCUCAGCAUGGCAGUCAUCAAGCAAGUGGUGGAGUUCCUCAGCAACGAAGGUCACAUCUUUUCCACAAUCGAUGAAGACCACUUCAAGUCGACAGACUGCGACGAGUAGAUGGAGAAAGUAGAACGUUUUUGUUUGUUUUUGUUCAGAUGUUGAUAUAUUGUAUUUUUUUUUUUUUUAAGAAACAAAAUACACAAUUUAUUUGUGUCCUUGUACUUGAAAAUAAACAAAAUACUAUUGA